AUGAGUGAACAAGAAAGCAGCAGUGAUGAAAGAAUGAGCAGUGAAGAAGAAGAAGAAGAACAGAAAAAGGAGGAGGGAUUUUCAUAUAUGAAUUUGCCAGAUGUGGAAUGGGGUCAACUGCCCCCACAUAUCGAGAAACAAAGAAGUCGUGUUCAUCUCAAACCUGAUGCUCCUACUAAUACUGAAACUUUGCAAUAUUCUGGUGCCUAUGCGUCAAUGGGAGUAGAUAAUAGUUUCCGAUUAGAUAAUUUCCGUGACAACUUCAGAAUUAAAGUGAUUGCACUUGAUAAGGAUAAAAUGGAGUUUGAUUUGAUUGGUAUUGAUGCAGCAGUUGCCAAUGCUUUUCGGAGGAUUCUCAUAUCUGAGGUUCCUACAAUGGCUAUUGAAAAAGUCUUCAUUGCAAAUAAUACUUCUGUGAUCCAAGAUGAAGUGCUUGCCCACAGGUUGGGUCUCAUUCCUAUCAAGGUUGACCCUAGGCUGUUUGAAUAUCUUUCAGCAAAUGAUACACCAAAUGAAAAGAACACCAUUGUUCUCAAACUCCAUGCUCGUUGUCUUCCAGGCCAGUCUCGUCGUACAGUAUAUUCUCAAGAAUUGAAGUGGUUACCGAAUGGGAGUGAGUUUGCCAAGGAAUCUGAAAAUCCCAAUUCCAAACCAAGCACCUAUACUUCAUUUAGUUGCAGCCAAGACUCCCUACCAGAAUUUGCAAGCAAUCCAAUUUCUGCAAUGGAAGAUAUUAUAAUUGCCAAACUGGGUCCUGGACAGGAAAUUGAACUGGAAGCACAUGCUGUCAAAGGAAUGGGAAAAACUCAUGCAAAAUGGUCUCCUGUGGGAACUGCUUGGUAUCGGAUGUUUCCUGAGGUCGUGUUACUGGAAAACGUUGAAGGUGAGGAUGCUGAAGAACUUGUAAGGAAGUGUCCAAUUGAUGGUGUAUUUGAUAUUGAGGACACUGGCAAUGGUAAGAAGAGGGCAAUUGUAGCUGAUUCACGAGUCUGCACAUUGUGUAGGGAAUGCAUCAGAGGGGAUGAAAUGUGGGAGAGACGUGUGGCACUGUACCGUGUUAAGGAUCAUUUCAUAUUUACUAUUGAAUCAACUGGAGCAUUACCUCCUGAAGUUCUCUUUACUGAAGCCGUGAAGAUUUUGGAAGCCAAGUGUGAACGUGUAAUUACUGAGCUCUCUUGA